AUGGCGCAAAUCAGACCAAAUGAGCCUGAAUUUACCCAGGGGUUCUGGAAGCAUCAGCGAUUUUAUGGAGAUUGGAAACGCGACAAAUACCAAUUUCCCAUCGACAAGGAAGAAACGAACCGUUAUGACAUAUUCCACAAGUUCUUCCUCUUGGCUCGCAACGAGCGAGUUUUCUCACAUCCCAUUACCAGGCCCAACCCCCGUGUGUUGGAUCUUGGCACGGGAACUGGUAUCUGGGCCAUAAACGUGGCAGAAGAGUACCUUAAAAAUGCCCAUAUUAUGGCGGUCGAUCUCAACAGAAUCCAGCCGGCUUUAAUACCUCCCAACAUGGAAACGAUGCAGUUCGAUCUCGAGGAGGCUUCCUGGGAGCCGCUGCUAAAAGAUUGCGAUUUGAUUCACAUGAGGCUGCUGUUGGGCUCUAUCCACAACAAUCUGUGGGCAGGUACCUACCGAAAAGCGUUCGAACACACGACCCCUGGCGGCUACAUCGAGCAGGUUGAGAUCAAUUGGUUGCCCUCAUGGGAGGGAAAUGAAAUCCCUGCGCGCUCCUCCUUCUUGGAGUGGGCACAAAAGUUCUUGCAAGGCAUGGACGGCUUUCAGCGAAGCGCCAGAGUGGACGCGACGAAUGUGAAAGCCAUGAUGGAGGCAGCAGGCUACAUCGAUUUCGAGGAGCGCACCAUUCGAUGCUACGUGAAUCCGUGGUGUGACGAUCCUAACGAAAAAAGAGUAGCGCAAUGGUUCAAUUUGUGUCUGAUUGAUGGGGUGCAAGCCAUGAGCCUCGCACCGAUGAUUGAGAACUUGGGCAUGAGCAUUGAGCAAGUCAAUAAGCUUCGAGAUGCGGUCAAAUCGGAAUGCUGCAAGCUGCGUUACCACGCGUACUGUGUCAUGCACAUCUGGACGGCGAGGAGGCCGAUGCACUAG